AUGUUAGGUGCAACAUACAAUGACCUAGCAGGUGGGUGAGGUUUCGUACUUAAACUUUCUUCUCAAGCUGAAUAAGCCGACAGGAAAUUCAACAAAGCGUUGUAUAAAAAUUUUUCUGGUUUGUGGAUAUUUCACCUCAGUGCAAGUUCGCCCCUUCCCACCUUUGCGAGUAUGUCCCCUGAAGUGAAACAAGUUCGCCCCCACCUUUAUCAGUUUGAGAAAGUAUUUCAACUCGUUUCCUUACGAACAUAUUUCUUUCUGCUUCCAGAAAACAAGUGUUUGAAUUUUUUUCCUUUUUGUCUAGUGGCUCUCUCCCUUGAGGGAAACCAUGAAGAGGCCAUAAAAGUUAGAGGAGAGACGUUAGAAAUAUACAGAAAACACUUAGGAGAUCGGCAUCCCUUUACGGCAACCAUCCUGAACAAUCUGUCCAACAACUACUCUGCCCUAGGUGAGUACGACAUCGCCAAACAAUAUUCAGAGGAAGCGCUGAAGAUUCGGCGUGAGCUGCUGAAAGAUCAUUACGACACCGCUAAGUCCUUGUUUGAUCUCGGGAUGGUUCACAAAAAUAGGGAAGAAUUCAAGGAUGCCAAAGCUUACCUGAGAGAAUGUGAAAGCAUGCAAAGGGUUCUGGAUGACCCUACCAUGAUCAGCGAGCUUGAAAGGUUAGUUUACACGGUAACCAUGUAA